AGGGCGGCAGGGUUUGGGCACCGCACCAUGGAGACCGGGUGAGGGGCAGCACGUCUGGGAGUUACACUGCGCCUUGGGAACGGGACCGUGCAGUCCCUCAUGAGGCGGACGGACCCGCGGGGAGGCUUGAGCCGGCAGGUUGCAAGCUGUCAGUCACAGGAAUUUAAGCUUGGCUGGAUAAACGGCUAUGGAAGAGUGUACCGCUGUGCCUGUGCCUCCAACAAUCAGCAGAACAGGUUGCAGGGAAGGAAAUGACAAAUCAUAUGUUUCAAGUGGAAUGCCAGUUCCGGGGCAGACUUCCCUGAUGGAGGAGGCACUGCAGAAGAUCACGCAGGCAGCACCCAGCAAUACUGGCAUGGAGCCUGAAACCACUGCAACUAACAUUUUGGCAUCUGUAAAAGAACAGGAGCUGCAGUUUGAAAGGCUCACCAGAGAACUUGAGGUGGAAAGACAGAUCGUUGCCAAUCAGCUAGAAAGAUGCCGACUCGGGGCCGAGUCACCGAGUAUCGCCAGUGUAAGUUCUACUGAAAAGUCAUUUCCCUGGAGAUCGGGAGAUGUGCCAGCCGGAGGUCCCUCCAAACCGAGAUUGUCGGAUUCCAGUCACCCUAACCACUUCUUGAUAAGAUCAGAGCCGGAACCGAUGGCAGUGUACUCUCCUGAGCAAAGCUCUCUCCAUGAAAGUGAGGGGUCGAUGGGUAACUCCAGGAGCUCAACUCAAAUGAAUUCAUACUCUGACAGCGGCUACCAAGAGGCAGGCAGCUUUCAUAACAACAACAUAGGGAAGGCCGAACUGCGAGCCCAGCUGUCGUUUACGGGGUCCACAGGCAACCAUGUUGUACGGAAUUCCAGGGCUGAAGGCCAGACUUUAGUCCAACCGCCACCACCAAAUACAAUGGCAGGCAGCCGAGCUGUGCGGAGGGUCAGCUCUGUCCCAUCAAGGUCGCAGUCACCUUCUUAUGUCAUUGGAUCUGGAGUUUCCCCUUCUAGAGGGUCACUGAGAACUUCUGUCGGAAGUGGAUAUGGUUCUCCAACAAUUUCCGAUCCACGGCCACUUGCCACUUCAAACACAUACUCUUCUACUACAUUGCCUUCUCAGAGAGCUGCUUCUCCGUAUACAUCACACAGGGCCAACUCACCGACAGUCACACUCAGGAUUGGUUCACUUAACAGCAGACAGCUGGCCAAUCCUAAUACAAUGACUUCAUCUUACCAGACACUGGGAAGUUCUGCCCGAGUUGGUUCACCGUUGACUUUAUCUGAUGCACAUAGUAGAGUUGGCUCAUCUUCCCAAGCUCCUAUGGGAUCCUCUUCCUCUCCAAAGCGGGCUGGUAUGACUGCAGUCCCCCAGCACAUGGGAACAUUACAAAGAAACUUGCAUGAUAUUGACCAGUACGGACAGCAACAUUAUGACAUCUAUGAAAGGAUGGUUCCAUCAAGACCAGAUAGCCUUACAGGCUUAAGAAGUUCUUAUGCAAGUCAACACAGUCAACUUGGACAGGAACUGAGAUCAACAGUAUCACCCGACCUGCAGAUCACGCCAAUAUAUGAAGGGAGGACUUAUUAUAGUCCAGUCUACCGCAACGCCAACCAUGCGGCCAUAGAGCUCAGGCAAGGCUCACAUACAGCAAUCUAUCGUACAGGAUCAGGGUCUGGUAACCUACAGAGGACCAUGAGCAAUCGUAGCACACUUGCAUACCAAAGAAAUAAUUAUGCGCUCAACACAGCGGCUAAUUAUGCAGAGCCAUACAGAUCAAUGCAGUAUCGAAUAUCAGAAUCCGGCUACAACAGGAUGCCGCAUACAGCACCCCCAGACGAUGGCACCACAAGGUCUCCUUCCAUUGACAGCAUCCAGAAGGACCCAAGGGAGUUUGCUUGGCGGGACCCGGAGUUACCAGAAGUCAUUUAUAUGCUUCAGCAUCACUUUCCUUCGGUGCAAGCCAAUGCCGCUGCUUACCUGCAGCACCUCUGCUUUGGAGACCACAAAACCAAGAUAGAGGUGUGCCGGCUGGGAGGGAUCAAGCACUUGGUAGACCUUCUUGAUAACAAGGUACUGGAAGUCCAGAAGAAUGCCUGUGGAGCCUUGAGAAAUUUAGUUUAUGGCAAAUCUACUGAUGAAAAUAAGAUUGCCGUGAAAAAUGCGGGGGGCGUUCCUGCCCUUUUAAGACUACUGAGAAAAACAAAUGACCAAGAAGUACGGGAACUUGUCACUGGAGUCCUGUGGAACUUAUCUUCCUGUGAUGCUGUAAAGAUGACUAUUAUCCGUGACGCUUUAUCUCCCCUCACUAACACUGUGAUAGUGCCACAUUCGGGCUUCAAUAAUUCUUCUUUCGACGACGAUCACAAAAUGAAAUUUCAGUCUUCAUCAGUCCUGCGCAACACUACCGGCUGCAUGAGAAACCUGAGUUCGGCAGGGGAAGAGGCACGCAAGCAGAUGAGAUACUGUGAAGGGCUGGUCGAUUCUCUGCUCUUUGUGAUCCAAACCUGUGUGAACACUUCUGAUUUUGACAGCAAGACCGUGGAGAACUGUGUCUGCACACUGAGAAACUUGUCUUAUCGUCUGGAAUUAGAAGUUCCUCAGGCUCGAAUGCUGGGAAUAAAUGAAAUGGACGGCUUCUGCAAGGAAUCCCCCAGCAAAGACUCUGACUCCAGCUGUUGGGGGAAAAAGAAGAAAAAGAAAAGAAAGCCCCCGCAGGAAGACUUGUGGGAUGGAGUUGGUCCUAUUCCUGGGCUUUCCCAGUCCCCCAAAGGAGUGGAAAUGCUGUGGCACCCAUCAGUAGUCAAGCCAUAUCUGACUCUUCUAGCGGAAAGCUCUAACCCUGCAACACUGGAGGGUUCUGCUGGGUCUUUACAGAAUCUGUCUGCCGGGAACUGGAAGUUUGCAGCAUACAUCAGAGCUGCGGUAAGGAAGGAGAAGGGACUUCCUAUUCUGGUUGAACUCCUGAGAAUGGAUAAUGAUAGGGUUGUUUCUUCUGUUGCUACAGCAUUAAGAAAUAUGGCAUUAGAUGUCCGCAACAAAGAGCUUAUUGGUAAAUAUGCUAUGCGGGACUUGGCAAACCGACUCCCUGGAGGUAAUGGGCCAAACAUUUUAUCUGACGACACUGUGGCUGCAAUCUGUUGUGCUUUGAACGAGGUAUCAAGCAAGAACAUGGAGAAUGCUAAAGCUCUGGCUGACACAGGAGGAAUUGAGAAGCUGGUGAAUAUCACAAAAGGAAAGGGAGACAGAUCUUCACUGAAAGUGGUUAAAGCUGCCGCCCAAGUCCUAAACACAUUAUGGCAAUAUCGAGACCUUCGUAGCAUUUAUAAGAAGGACGGCUGGAAUCAGUCUCAUUUUAUCACUCCAGUAUCAACACUAGAGCGUGAGCGCUUCAAGUCUCACCCUUCCUUAUCCACCACCAAUCAGCAGAUGUCACCCAUGAUCCAGUCAGUGGGCAGCACCUCCUCUUCACCAGCACUGUUAGGAAUACGGGAACCUCACUCUGGUUAUGAGAGAACACAACCCUCUAUGCAAUACUAUAACAGCCAGGGAGACCCCAUCUCUAACAAGGAAAUGUACACUGGGUCCAGCAAAGCAUCUCCGAUCUACAUCGGCUCCUAUUCAUCACCAGCACGAGAGCAGAACAGGCGGCAGCAGCAUCACCAGCUGUACUAUAGUCAUGAAGACUCAAAUAGGAAAAACUAUGAUGCAUACCGAUUGUAUUUGCAGUCUCCACACAGCUACGAAGACCCAUAUUUUGACGAGCGUGUCCACUACACGACGGCUGCGGAUCAGAAUGCGCAAUAUGGACUCAAAUCGACCACAAACUAUGUAGACUUUUACUCCACUAGAAGACCUUCCUAUAGAUCAGAACAGUACCCAGGGUCGCCGGACUCGUGGGUGUAGGACCACUAAGGAGGCGUUUCCAUGAACUAAAUACUAAUAAUCAUGCUUGAUCUGAUUUUUUGAAUGGCCUUAUUUGCUGGGUUUUUUUUUUUUGUUUGUUUUUUCGGUGGUGGAAACUGAAAGUGAAAUUCAGAGAAGGAUGACGGAAGAGGAUAUAUUUUCUUACUAAUUCAGAGGGCUUAUCAUGAAUGAGAGAAUCAAACUGAUGAUGGAUAUCUAUUUUUUUGCUCUGUUUAGAUUGUAGCUCUUAAUACUUCUAGCUCUGUAGUUUGGUGAUGGUGCAAGCUAUGUGAUAAAAGGUAUGCGGCGGAGAGACGUGAUUUGUAGGGGGAAAAGUGUAGGUCAAUCUUUUAGGUUGUUUUUUUUUUUUUAUUAUAAAUGUGAAUAAAAGUCUUGUUGAGAAGUUUGUACAGAAGGAGAUGGUUGAAAUGAAUGCUUUCUUUCUUCCCUUGCUCAGUGUCCGGAUUGUAUGCUAUUCUGUCUUGUAAAUUAAACUCCCCUUUGUAAAUACAGUAUUGCCAUAACGGUUGGAAGUGCCAUCAUUUGUAUUGCUGUGUCAUUUUGAAUCAUUGGAAAAGCCGAAAUAUGAGAUAUAUAUCAAAGCUAAAUAAGGAAUAACAUUUUGAAAUAGUGUAACUUCAAAAGGUAUAAAACAGGGGUGGCAGAUUCUCGACAUUGCAGAUAAGCGAGCUUUGAUUUCUGCCGCCUGCAGUGCCGGGAGUUUGCCGUCUCCAGUAUUACUUAAUCUAGACUUUUUUUUCCAUUCCCUGCCUCUUUCAUACGUCUCACUGCCAUUUUCUAUGCACACAAAACUACGAAAAUAAAUGUGGGAAAUCCACAGAAAGUUG